AUGAAAGCGGGUCCACUUCUGGCUCUUGCGGCUACCGCCGUCUCCGGCGUCAGCGCCUUCUAUAAAGGCUUCAACCUUGGAGCCAAUCUUGCCUCCGGAGCUUGUCGAAGUGAAUCUGACUGGGAAUUUGCCUUCAACACUCUCGCCGGGCUCCCAGGAGAAUUCAAAAAUGUUCGUCUCUACGCGUCAAGCGACUGCAACACUCUGGCAAACGCGGUUCCUGCUGCUAUUCGGACCGGUACAACCCUCCUUGUCGGCGUGUGGACCGAAGACGAUGCACAUUUUGAGGCCGAAAAGCAAGCAUUGCUAGAAGCCAUUCAACAAUAUGGAUCUGACUGGAUUCUGGCCGUUUCCGUUGGCUCGGAGGAUCUCUACCGAGGGGACACCGAUGCAAACACUCUCGCUGCCAAAAUCAAUGAUGUCCGCGGCAUGUUGUGGGGUCUAGGGGCAAGCAGCAAAUCCGUCGGUCACGUCGACACCUGGACUGCCUGGGUUGAUGGCGCAAAUACACCGGUGAUUGAAGCAGUGGACUGGCUCGGCAAUGACGCAUAUCCUUACUUCGAGGGCGUUGGCAUCGACGAUGGAGCUGCCAACAAUGCCUACUGGGCAGCAGUCGAGAGAGUUCGAGCAGUGUCCCAAGGCAAAGAAGUCUGGACGACCGAGACCGGAUUCCCAAUCACUGGAGAUACCAUCGGAGCCGCAGUUCCCUCCGUCGACAAUUUGCAAAUCUACUGGUGGCAAGUCUCCUGUGCCAGCUUCAGCAGCUUGAACUACUUCUUCUACAUUUUGGACGACUUUGCAGACACGCCCAGUUUCGCUGUUGUCGAUACCAACUACACCCCUUUGAUUGAUAUGACCUGUGGCUCGUAA